UCCAAACGCUCCCCCGUGUUGCCGCAAAUAGGCAACCACGUGACAUGCCUGUUUUCAACCCACUUCCACGCGUGCACUUAAAAAGACGAACGAUGUGCGUCGGCGGCGAUACAUACACCCGCUCAAGUGAACCGAAUUGAAAGCCACGUUUCGAUGCAUCGUAGGUGAGGAGGUUGGAGGAGGAAGGAGGGAGGAGGGAGGGGAGGGGAGGAGAGGGGAAAAGCAUGGCGGCAGCCGCGAGCAGUAGCAGCCCCUCCGCGGCGGCCACGGCCACGCUUCUGCACGGCCACCGCAUCAACAACUCGCAGACGCGGAAACGCAUCGACUCGAGGCGGAGGCAAGCGGCGCUCUCCUUCCUCACCAACAUCUCCCUGGAUGGACGACCCGUGCAGGACGAACGCCGGGAGGUGGACGAGGACGGGGAGCCGGAAGCCCAGAGUCGCCUGGUGGAGUCAGCCGCCACCGCCGCCGCUUCCUCCUCCUCCUCGGCUGCCGCUGCCGCGACCGCCCUGGCCAACCAGGCUCUCCUGGCGAGCAGCCGGACCAGUUCGUUCGCCUCGGCUCCGGAGCCCGGCGAGGCCGACGCGUUUGCGCCGGCGCUCGCCGCUCCUUCGGCCGCGUUCGGCUCGCCUCUCUCGGCUCUCCCUCCCUCGGCCCGCGGCAGGCUGCAGACGUACACCCCAGGGGUCACGGCCGCGGUCUUCUCCAGGCAAGGAUCCCAGAACUACUGCCUGGAGGGCGGACAGGUAGCCAACUCUGCCAUGGAGAUGCAGCGGUCCAGACGCCGUCUCAUCUCUCAGCGCUCCUCGCUAGAAACGUUAGAGGACAUUGAGGAGAAUGCGCCUCUGCGCAGGUGCCGAACCCUGUCAGGUUCCCCUCGACCAAAGAGCUUCAAGAAGAUCCACUUCAUUAAGAACAUGCGGCAACACGACAUGCGCAACGGAAGGAUAGUCCUAAUCAGUGGCAGAAGAUCCUUCUAUAGUGUAUUUUCAGUGCUGCCCUAUCGAGAUUGUAGCCAAGCGGGGGACGUGAAGAUGGAGGCGGCGGGGCGCCAGCGACACCCGUCGGGAGGAGUCAGCGCCAAAGAGAUGGUCAUCGGCCUCGAGGGCGUCGAGCUCGGGGCUGAUGGGAAGACGGUGUCGUACACCCAGUUCUUGUACCCCACCAACGUGCUGGGCGGGCGGAGGAACACCAUCGACUCCACGUCGUCCUUUUCGCAGUCUCGCAACGCCAGCCACCGCAGCCUCAGCCUCGCCCGCGCCAACAGCAACCAGAGCAGCCUGGACACCGGUAACGACCUUAGUGAAUUUCGCGAGUACGACCCCAAUCUUCUGGACGACCCCCAGUGGCCUUGCGGCAAACACAAGCGAGUGCUCAUCUUCCCGUCCUACAUGCACAAUAAUAAACAGCAUCGUUCCAUGAAUGGUUGGCAGACGACGGUCAUCGAGUACGUGAAACCCUCCGACCUGAAGAAGGACAUGAACGAAACCUUCAAGGAGAAGUUCCCUUACAUCCGCCUCACGCUCAGCAAGAUCAGAAGCCUGAAGCGGGAGAUCAAGAAGCUGGCCCAGGACGAGUGCGGCUACGAGGAACCCACCGUGGCCAUGGCCUUCGUCUAUUUCGAAAAGCUGGUGCUGCAGGGCAAGCUCAACAAGCAGAACCGAAAACUCUGCACGGGGGCCUGCGUCCUGCUGGCGGCCAAGAUAGGCGGUGACCUCAAGAAGCACGAAGUCAAGCUCCUCAUUGACAAACUGGAGGAGCGGUUCCGCGUGAACCGGCGUGAGCUGAUCGCCUUCGAGUUCCCCGUGCUGGUGGCGUUGGAGUUCAACCUGCACCUCCCCGAGCACGAGGUCAUGCCGCACUACAGACGACUGCUGCAGACCUCCUAGCGUCGGGGGCUCGGGGGGGGGUGACGCCUCCUGAUUGACACGCCAUCAACUUCUAUUCACGGUACCGCUUGGUACCGCUCUGCUGCAGAACUUGGUUCUCAUCUCGUUUCCCGCGCCAUCAUUUCAUAAAUUUUAGAGUUGAUUUUUAAACUUGUUUUUUGUUGUUGUGAAAUGAAGAUUUUGCUCUUAAGUUUUUUUUGUUUUUUUUAAAUCAUCAUGAUUGCUCGUGGCUCAUCGAUGGUCUUAAAAAGUGCACUUUUUUCAGAAUAUUACAAGAUUUUUACGCAGCUCUGGACCUGGUUUGCUCCAGCAAUGUGACCUUUUCUUGUAUAUGUGUGAGGGAAAAACAUUGGACUCUUUUUUUUUUAAUUUUUUUUUUCUCCCCUCUUUCAUUUCAUUAUGCUAUAACAAUCACUCUGACCAGUGUCUAAUCUUCUUGUGCUCUACGUUAGAGUGUAUUGCUAGCACCUAAAGGUGCCGUAUGGACGGGUGUCAGGAUGGUCGUUAUGGUGGAUAUGAUCCAAUUUCACAGGCAAUGGGUCCUUAACACUUUACGUGCGUCCUGUUGUGAUUGACAUGUGCGCCCACUUUUGCUUUUGAUUGUUGAAACUGGUGUCGGGGGCAAAUAUUUUUCAACCAUUUUUCAUGGCAGAUCCAUCAAGCAACAAAUGUCAUCUUUUUCAUUUCUGUCAUCUGUAAAGGAUAAAUGCUCCUGACUGGGGCUCAUUUGGUUGGGCAUUUGUCAAAAAAAGAAAAGAAAAAGGUAGUCCUGGAAUUCACCCAAAAUGGCUGCUUUGAAACAAAAUGUCCGACUUUCUUUUUAUUUUCGGGCAUGGGUCCUUGAGACUUUUUCGAGGGUCCUGUUACAAUAGACAUGUCCACUGAAUUCCAUGUUGAUUGGUGAAACUGGUGCCAGGGGUUGUUUUUUUAUGAUUAUUUGUAACUUUCCAGGGGGCGCGACUGAAUGAGUUUUGGAGAGGCGUGUUCGGAACUGCGAACUAAAAUGUAUACAUUUUCACCAGGAUGCUUAGCAUUGUCUGGUGCCCACGGCCCUAAUAAAUAUUUACUUUAUUUGGCAUGUUUCUAAAUUGUUGCCUUAUUGUAUUAUCCCCUUCAGCAAGUAUUUUAAAAAAAAAAAAAAAAAAAAAAAGCACCAUUGAAAGAGCUCAAAUGUAUUUGCGCAUGAAUCUUGAUUGAAUUGUUUUGGAUAUUUGAAAAAUAAAUCUCACACCAAAUUUGGAAGUGGGGGAAAAUAAGUUGAAUUGUUGGAGUUACGAAAAGACGAAAGGGCAACAAUUAUUACUGCUUGGUUAUGAUUUGUAAAUAAAUCAAUCUUG